AUGUGGCUCUGCUCCCUGCUGCCUGCCCUCACCCUCGCCUUCACGGGCUCUGUCCCCGGGGCCUCCCUAUCCGGGCCGACAGGCUGGCACCUGCCGGGGAAAAGUGCCCACUUCAACCAGCCCGGGGACGUGGUGGUCGGGGGCAGCUUCUCCAUCUUUCGCUUCAAAACUGGCCCCCUGUUCAAUUUCACGGUCCCGCCAGCCGGGCAGGCGUCUGUGAUCAUGUCCUUGUGGGGCUACCGGGUGGCCCAGAGUUUUGUCUUUGCCGUCGAGGAGAUCAACCGGGACGGCCGCCUGCUGCCCAACCUCACUCUGGGCUUCUCCAUCUGGAACUCUGGGGACUCGGUGGCGGGAGCCCUCCACGAGACGAUGGCCUUGCUCACGGGGUGGGAGGAGCCAGUCCCCAACUACGAGUGUCAGCUCAGCCCGCCCCGGGCCGCCCUGGUGGGAGACACGCGCUCGGCCGUGUCCAUCCCCAUGGCCAGGCUGCUGGGGCUCUACAAGUUUCCCCAGGUCAGUCACUCAUCCACUCUGGCCAGCCUCAGUGACAAGACCCAGUUCCCGUCCUUCCUUCGGACCGUGGCCAGUGACCUCACGACCUCCCGUGCGGUGGCACACCUGGUUGUCCACUUUGGGUGGUCCUGGGUGGGCAUUCUGGCCCAGGACGAUGACUACGGGCAGCAGAGCAGCUCACUGGUGACCCAGGAGCUGGGCGAGGCUGGCAUCUGCAUCGAGUUCCACCUCUACGUCCCCUCCCAGCAGUCCCUGGAGAAGACGGAAGCCAUCGUCCGGGAGAUGGGGCGCUGCACCGCCACUGGCAUCGUCGUCUUCCUGAGCAACUCGAACUUUCAGCUCAUCCUGCAGGGCUUGCUGGGCCAUGGCAUCUGGGGCCGGGUCUGGGUCAGCGGGGACACACUGCACGCUGUGUUGGCCCUGGCCGUCCCGGGCGUGUCCCAGCUCCUGCAGAGCUCCUUCAGCCUCCUCCAGCACAGCAGCCAGGUCCUCGGCUUCCCCGAGUACUUUGCUCGCCUGCACCCCGCCCAGACCCCAGAGGACAUGUUCACAGAGAGAUUCUGGGAGGUCACCUUUGGAUGCACGUGGCCCCGCAGAAGCCCAGGGCCAGCGGGGGAGAGCUCCGCAGCAGGGGGAGUCCGGUUCUGCUCUGGUAAUGAGAGCCUGAGGGGCCGGGAGCACCCUUUCCAGGAGGUGAGUAAAGCGGACAUCGGGUACCCGGCCGUCUACAGCAUCGCCCACGCCCUGCAGGACCUGGGCGCCUGUGAGCACGAGCAUGGGGACAGGACGUGCGCAGACCCUCGGCACUUCCGGCCCUGGCAGCUUCUGCAUUCCCUCAGGAAGGUGCAUUUCAAGACCCCCGAUGGGACGGAGAUUGUUUUUGAUGCCAAUGGAGAUAUGGUUACAAAAUAUGACAUUCUUCAAGGGCAGAAGACCGCCGAAGGCCUAUUCCACUUUGUCCGCAUAGGCGUAGUCAACCCACAAGCUUCCUCAGGGGAGAGACUGAUGGUCCAGUUGAUGCAGGAGGAGCUCCAGGUCCCCAGCUCUGCCUGCAGCACGAGCUGUGCUCCAGGGUCCAGCCAGAUCCUGCGCCAGGGAGCCCCGCACUGCUGUUUCGACUGCAGCCCCUGCCCCGAGGGACAGUUCGCAGACCAAAGAGACAUGAAGCAGUGUCUCCUGUGCCCCGGGGAGCAGGCGCCCAGCCAGGCCCGGGACCGCUGCCUGCCCAGGCCCGAGGCCUUCCUGGCCUUCGACGAGCCCCUGGGGCUGGCGCUGGCCUCGGGGGCGCUGGCGCUGGCCGGCCUGGCGCUGCUGGUCCUGGCGCUGUUCGUGCGGCACCGCGCCUCGGCCGUGGUCAAGGCCAGCAACAGGGCGCUCAGCUGCGUGCUGCUCGCCUCCCUGGCGCUCUGCGCCCUCUGCGCGCUGCUCUUCCUCGGCCGGCCCAGCGCCGCCUCCUGCCUCCUGCGCCAGAGCGCCUUCGCCGUCGUGUUCACCGUGGCCGUCUCCUCCGUACUGGCCAAGACCCUGACCGUGGUCCUGGCCUUCAGAGCCACCAGGCCGGGCGACUGGCUCCGGGUGUGCCUGGGACCCAGCGCCUCCACCGCGGUCGUCCUCGGCGCCUCGUCGGUGCAGGUCAUUCUCUGCGGCGUCUGGCUGGCCACCGCGCCCCCGUUCCCGGACAGGGACACUGCCUCCGAGCCCGGCCACAUCGUCCUCCAGUGCCAGGAGGGCUCCGGCGCAGCCUUCUACUGCGUGCUGGGCUACCUGGGCCUCCUGGCCGGGGGCACCUUCUCUGUGGCCUUCCUGGCCAGGGGCCUGCCUGCCACCUUCAACGAGACCAAGUUCCUCACCUUCAGCAUGCUGCUCUUCUGCAGCGUCUGGACGGCCUUCCUGCCCCUGUACCACAGCGCUCGGGGCAAGGCCACUGUGGCUGUGGAGGUCUUCUCCAUCCUGGCCUCCACCGCAGGGCUUCUGGGCGGCAUCUUCAUCCCCAAGUGCUACAUCAUCCUGCUGAGGCCCGAGCAGAACGCCCUGGCCGGGUUAAGGCGUGGACGCUGGGCUGAGAGGGAAAGGCAGAGCGAGGAGCUCCGGAGCAGGCGUCUCCCCAGGCCCUGGCCUUAG